ACAGUGUCAAAUAUGUCAAAUUUGUUGUGUCCUGAGAGGUUAUACCAUUUUUGAGAAAAUAAUCAAAUAAAAUUAUAUUUACAAUUCAUAAUGAAUAGACAACUCUUAAAAUUUAUAAAUCCGUUAUCAACUUUCACCCGUUCAAAGGGCUAUAGAGCUCCAGGUGGAAUUCGUUAUCCAGGAGGCAUAGUGUACUAUCCAAGACAACCAGAUCACAAAGAUCCUGAAUAUACACCUUCAAAGUUGUUCAGAGUAGAAAGGAUCAAAUCAACAAAAAACUUUCCAUGGUGGCAGAAAAAAAUUUUAGCUGACAUGAAAAUUCAUGAAGAGGGCAAAGUAACAAUAGUCAAAAACAUACCGGAAAACAAUAUGAGAUUGUGGAAAGUAAAACAUUUGAUUAAAGUGACUCCUAUUACUUUCCCAUAUGGAGAACCCACUAAAGAUGACAUCAAUUACACAAUCUUGAAAGAAAAUGGCCAGUGUAUAGUUAUGAAGACUUUGGAACCUGCACCCAAACAGAUUGAAGCAUUAGAGGAAUUCCACACAGAUGAAAAGAAAAUGGACUCUGAUACAAUAAAGAGAGAUUCUAGGUAUAAAUGGAAUAAUGCAUACAAUGGAGGAUUUUAAUUUAAUUGCUUUAGAUAUUUAAUAAAAUAUGUAGUGUUUAUAA